AUGUACUGCAACGACAGCUGCCCAAUCGGAAGACCGGAGCAUGAGAGACGUCUUGCACUUGUCAACCUCUGCCUGACGAACAAACCGCUGAACUCGGUUGCCACUCCGAUUUUGUAUCAUCGAUUCCACCGGGGGAACGAGAUCGCGUUUGCGAGAACACUAUUCAAAUGGCGUCCGGAUCUCACACAGCAUGUGAAGUCGCUGCACCUGGGCUCGGACGAUGAGCUCACCUUCACAUCUGGAAACGAUGCACUGGUACUCAAAGAAGUGACGACCCAGCUCGAUCACCUGCGCAUAUCACAAGACGAGCCCAAGGAGGAUGAAACAAUGCUUCUGAGCCUGCUCAUCGGCAAGUGCACCAAUAUCGAGGACCUAUGUCUCACUGUCACCUGGAACGGAUACUACGACCCCGUACCAUUCUGCCCUCCAGGAUCUCUGCGGAAUCUGAAGAGACUCUCCCUAUCACACUGGGAUGAUAGCGGUGGUUUUGAUCUCGCUUAUGCGACGGAGAUCUUCCUUGCUGCACCGAACAUUACAUCAGUUUUUGCAUACGCCGUGAUCGAGGUCGGUAUGGGCUUGAAAAUGGCGAACGUCACAGAAAUCACCCUUCGGAACAGCUUCCUCCAAAUUGACGCGUUCAAUCGACUACUGAAACAACUCCCGAGCCUGGAAAAGCUUACUUAUUAUGGUGGAGACGCCGGCAUUAUGGAUGGGGAAACACCUCCAAGGGCGCGCGAUGUGCAAGAAGCCAUCCUGAAGCAUGCGCCGAAGUUGAAGUUCUUAAAGCUCUUGAUGCUCGAAGACGAUAAUUCGUAUUAUCGAGACGAUGGUAUUACCGAUGAAAAUAUGAUGAGAUCAUUGAGGGGGUUGGAACAGUUGCAAGAGCUGCGUCUCGACGCGCAAUAUCUCGUUGUCCCCUGUUACGAGGAAGAUGAGACAGACAUGGAACCGCGGAUGCUGGUGAACAUGUUGCCUGACUCAAUAAGACUUGUGGGAAUCGAGUGCGGUUAUUCUACAUGUAGCACGAGGACCCUUCUGCCGGCAAUUCUGGAACUCGGGAGGGUUUGUCAAGUCGAGUUCCCGCACUUGACAUCGGUGCGUGUUUCUAUUCUAGACGAUUUGGAAGAGGCACGGGAGCUUUUUGAGAGUAAAGGAGUCGAGUUUAUCACUGAGUAUGUAUAA